AUGAAUAAGACCACAGCUGUCCAGCUGCGGUCUGGAUCUACCUCUAGACACAAGAAAUCGCAGAGAAACUCCACCAAUUCGUCAAAGCCCACUCAGAGGCUGAUUCUACACCCACCAAAGCUGCCUCAACAGCCAAAACUCAUGCUUCGCUCUUCUAAACAGUCGCUGUCCAACAGGACUGUCUGCGAUUGGAUGGAUGUCUCACUCGUUGGAAAUGGCUCAGACGCUUCCUAUAGUUAUGGCGACAUAUGCACCGUGCAAGCGAUCUUGAAAAAUUUCAAUGGGUUGUCCAGUGCACCCAGCAUCAUCGAUGACGUGGAAGGAAAGCUCGAGGAUUUAGCCACGUCCACCGGAUCAACAGUCGAUGAUUAUACUAGUGCUGAGGUGGAAAUGAAUGGCAUUUUGCAAGAGGCUCUCGACUGCCACCACUGUGACGAUGCGAUCAAUUUUGAUCCUGAAAUCAUGGAAUCAGACAUUCGCCAUGGAAUCUACCGCUGUUCAGAGGAUCCUCCAUUCGUCCUCAACCAGCCAUGCGAGGAUAUUGCCCCAGAUGAAAUGCCUCAAGAAGUCUGUGCACCAGGCUAUCUCCAACUGGCCACACAAGCGCAACAAGACAGGUAUCUAGAACUAGUCGGAGGACACAUAAAUCGCAACCGAGAGAACAAAAUCUUUGCCGGGAUGGAAGAGGUUGACCAGGGCUAUGAAUCAAAAUUUGCUUUCUACUGUGUUGAUUAUCAUAUCCAUCAACACUACAUCCAUCGCCGCAGCGCCCUCAACCUUUGUCGAACCAACGAUGAGAUGGACGAUUUUCGUUCAUGGAAAUACAAGCUCGCCCUGUGGACUGCACGUCAACACCGCCCGCUUAGGCUAGAUUCGCAUGACAUGGUAGACCAGCUGAUGACCCAUGGCCACAACACAAAUGCAAACGGAAAUGUGACUACUACGGCAGCAAUUAAACCGAUGAGCCUUGCCACCAUGGAAGGAGAACCUAACCCAUUUGCCACCAGUCGUUCGACCUCCCCAACAUCAUCCACCUACUCCUCCCAUUCCUCGCCAUCUACCGCUGCUUCUUCACCCCCCGGCCCAUCACCCGUUCGACCCCCGUCACCCCCCAUCCUCCCCUGGCACAAACAGGAGUUUUCAAUCUCAUCCCAGAUUACGCUCCAUCGCCGCUUGACAAACCCGCGAGAACGAGCAGCCCGUGUGCGCGCCGCACGUAAACAGUUUCAGAAUAUAAUGAAAAGACGAGCCCUGCAGCGACGCGAGGGCCUCGUCAAAGCUGAACACGAAGCGGCUAUUGCGUGGGCAAGGUGGCACCAGGGCAAAGACGCACCACUCGCGAUCCCUCGAGACAGAGAUAUUGCACAAUUGCUGCAAUACUAUGGUCGCUAA